AUGGUGCCUCAACGACAGAAGUUUGCCCUAAUUACAGGGUGCGGUGCCGGUGGCAUCGGGGAGGCCCUCAUCCUCGAGUACCAGCGCCGCGGCAUCCACCCCAUCGCCACUCUUCUCCCCUUCGAGUCGAGCGAGCAUCUUGACAAAGCCGGGAUUACUUGGCUCAAACUGGAUGUUACCAACGAGGAGUCUGUUGUUCAGUUGAAGAAGGAUGUUUCUGAGUUGACCAAGGGGCGUUUGGAUUUCCUCGUUAACAAUGCUGGCAUUUGCUACACUAUGACAGCCAUUGACACGGACGUCAAGUCUGUUCAACGCAUGUUCGAUGUCAACCUCUUUGGACCGAUGCGGAUGGUACAUCAUUUCCAUGAUAUGCUGAUUACGUCGUCUGGGAUCAUCGUCAACAUUGGUUCCAUUGGCGGCAUUGUGCCUUUUGUCUACGGAUCAUCCUACAAUGCAUCCAAGGCCGCUCUUGCGCACUGGGGCAACAGCUUGCGCGUAGAGCUGGCACCGCUCGGCGUUAGGGUUCUAGUAAUCAUCUCCGGAGAAGUUGGCACCAACAUCCUCAAGAACGACCACGGAAGGUCCCUACCCGAAGGUUCAUACUACUCACCAAUGGCCGAGGAGUUCAAGAACCACGUCCACAGGACGCCCGAUGCUGCCACCGAUCGCUUUGUCUACGCCAAGAACGUCGUCGGCGAGUCCCUCAAGAAGUCCCCUACCACUUGGUUCUGGACAGGAAGCUAUUCGGGCGUUAUUCGCUUCUUGCAUACCUUCUUUCCGAAAACGAUAUUUGAUCGCUGGUUCUCGAGCAUGUUCAACCUGGCUAAGCUGAAGGAAGCGCAUGAUGCGGCAAUGAAGAAGAAGGUGGAUUGA